AUGACUACAGAACAAGGAGUAAUUCAACAAGAAAGAAAGUUAAUCCCAGCUGAUUUUGUUCAACUAAAGAGUUCUGCUGAAGACUUUGGAAAGCCUGGUCAUGAAAGGUACUUCUUUACUUGCCAGAGCAGGCAUCCUUAUUUUGAUAUAACUCUCGAGUUAAUGGUGCAACGAGGAUUAGCUCGUGGUCAGAACUGUUAG